AUGAAACUUGUGUCAUCCAGUUUCAAGUGUCACGUCUAUGAAGAUUUUUCAUGUGAAAGCACUUCACCAUAUGCAUUUCUUCUCAUUUCAGUGUUGAUCGCCAUCCACGAUGUGAAGACAUAUACACUAAAAGACAACUUGACGGAUGCCAUACAACAAUAUAGUCACGUAUAUCAAAAGGCCGAGUUGGUGGAAUAUGACCUGCUGAAAAUGGCGACCAAUAAAGACUUGAAAUUCACACAAGAACAGUUUGAAAUCGAGCAUCAGAAAGUGGAGCGCGAAUACAUGUUGACAUGGGCAGUUGCUUAUCUUGAAGCUGUGAAAGAUAUUUGGGGAUUGAGAAAUAAUGCAGACAUCGCGAAACUACAACUUCAAUAUUCAGGUGAAUCCUCUAAAAUUCCUAAGAACUCAUGUUAUCACAUGGAAAGUAGAACGGAAAAUGAGAACACUCGAAAAACAAUACGAUACGGUUGCGAUGUCAUGCAUAAAUAUGCUUCGUUGAAAUGGCAGACCAGAUUACACCUAGAUAACUUGUCAG